AUGCUGUCCUCAUCACCCCUCCCUGAUAUAACCGAAUUCGCCACCAAGAAGCCCAAGGCAACAGCACUGCGCAGCGGAAGUGCUGCAGUUCCGAUUCCCGCGAGCGCGUCCAAGACGUUCACGAGCGCUGCAAAUCUUCUCCGGAGUGCGCAGGCCGGUGCGAACGACUCAGCGGAUUUUAUCGAUGAGCCCGAGCGGCCUGCGCCGAAGGAGGGUGUCGCUAAGCGGGCGCGCAAGACAACCAAGGCGCCGAAGCGUGUGGCGAAGGAGGUUAUCGUGCUGUCCUCGGACGGAGCCACACCCAAUGGCAACAAUGAUGGUACAAAUACGAGACCUGAGGGAGAUAUUCGAGAUGGUACUGAGGGCAGUCCAUUGGGAUCCAAGCCGUGGAAGAGAUAUAAGGCGCCAGUCGACUUGGGAAACACCGACGUGUCAGCCGAAGCUGUCGAGCCACAGGCGAAGCCGAAGACGCAGAGGAAAAAGACGAGUGACGGCGAGACAAUCAGCAAACAUUUUUCAAAAAAGAACGGUGCUACCAAGCCAAAACCAAGGGCUUCGACUCCGGAACCAAUCAAUCUGGAACAGGCAGUUCAAAGACGGAGGGACUGGACGCCUCCUCGCGAAGAUAACCACCCAGAGAUAUUCCCAACUCCGCUUGCUCCUUCAAACACUAACGCACCACCAACAUCACUGGUCCCCCAUUCAUCAGUACACGAACCUCCUAGGGAAGACAUCUUCAAGAAUCUCCACGACGCCUACGCCCACAAAGUCACCGAGCAGAAGGAAUGCGCUCCCACCAAUCCGGAGCCCAUUACGUUGGGAAAAAGAAAGAUUAUUGAAAUGACCUCGCUAGGUCAGUCGACAAAGCAGAAAUCUUGUGAGGUUUCUCCAAUAAAACAAAAAGCGCCCAAGAAAAAGCCUCGAACAAUCACAGAACUGGCCACAGCAGCAUACGCCCCCAAGCCUGUUGAGCCCCCAGAAGACCCACUUCAAGAAGACUCCAUCCUUGAAUACUUCAACGUUGACAAAAAGGGAAACGUUUCCAAAACUACGGCAGGCAAGGGGAAAGGAAAGACUACAAAGGUCACGAAGAAGAAGGCACCACCAAAGCAGCCAGUACUACUAUCUCCUAAGGCUGCGAUGCGCCAGUCAGCCAGACAGGAUUUCGUGUUUGGCACAUCAAGUCAACUCGUCCGGGAAGAAUCGCCGACUUUUCUGAGAGAUCUUCAGGCCGCCCUACGAGCGUCAAACAGCAUCGCGAACGAGAAUGUCCAGUCCUUGGAGGGACUCUCCCGCGCAAAUGACUUGACCCUGGUAUCAACGAAACGUGGUGAAGGACUCUGGUCGGUGAGCGCCAGAGAUGAAGAUGGCCAAAUGGUAGACAUAGAGGUCAUUGAUUUUGAGGGUUCACAUUUCCCCGAAGACGACGCGGUUGCGAUCCUGGACCCUUGGAAGGACCUUCCGCCGGAGCUACCAGAUGCUAGCGGGACGGAAGCUGAGACGGCCGAGCCAUCCCUCAUCGAGAUUGAGAGCAUGCCUGUGGCAACCUCAUCACAGCCGCCCGUUCCCAAGUCGCAUAUUUUUUUGACACAGCCAAAGGUCACCAUCAAAACGGCUGCUGCUGCUGCCGCCGACUCUUCCAACUUGUCAUUAGGGAAAUCUCACCCGCCCAUCACGGAUUUGACCCAGGAAGGGGAUGCACCGCCACCCAGCAACCAAGAGCAAACCUCAGAAGACAUCAAGCAAAUCUCGCCCGAGAUGCCAAGAAAGAUUCAGAAUACACGGCCAAAUUAUGAGCUGUUCACAGACGCCAAGUUGGCGAAAGAAGUGUCUUCCUUCGGUUUCAAGGCCGUCAAGAGCCGCAGUGGAAUGCUUGCAUUACUUAACCAGUGUUGGGAGAGCAGGAGCAGAACCCCGAUAACAGCAGCAUCGUUUUCUACAAGUGCUCGUUCACCUAGCCCAAAAGGAAAGAAGAAAGUACCCGCAGCAGAUUCCGGGGCGACUGCGCCGGCACCAAAAAGGCCGCGUGCAAGGACAAAGAAAGCUGAUGUAGCCACCGGCGGGGCGAGUGUUGCAUCUCCACCGAAGAAACGAGGUCGUCCUCGCAAGGACGCGUCGGCGGCAGCAGGUCCUUCAACCACUACCACGAUGGCUCCACCGCCCAAGGCACAGCCCGCUGUUUCGACACCGAAGCGUAGGAAAGCAACCACUCAACCAAGAGCGGAGAUACUAGAUUCGGAUCUUGACAGCGACGACUCAGCAGGCCUCCCUUCGCCAGAAAAGAUCUUCACCUCUCCCGGCGGUGGGGCUGUGGACAUGUCUAUCAACGAGGACACAGAGCUUACCCUCGACCUCAGCCCUACGGCUCAGCAGUCUGUGCUCUUCAGCCACAUCACGAGAGCUGUCACCUCUACGCCACGAACAACCGACCCGGAGAACCCAUCAUGGCACGAGAAAAUGCUCAUGUACGAUCCGGUCAUCCUGGAAGAUCUGGCCGCCUGGCUCAACGAGGGUCAGCUGACCAGAGUGGGUUACGACGGCGAGGCCUCGCCCAUGGACGUCAAGAAGUGGUGUGAGUCGAAGAGCGUGUGCUGCCUCUGGCGCGGGACUCGGCGCGGUAAGGAGAGAAAACGGCUCUGA